UCUCACAGGUGGAAGCUAAGUAAAAAUUGGUUUGAGUGUAGAAUAGUGAUUAUCAGGAACUGGGAAGGGUGGAGAGCAGAGGGAUAUAAGGAGAUUGGAUAAUGGAUACCAAAACAAAGAUAAAAGGAAUAAGUUCUGGUGUUCCUCAGCACAACUGGGUGAUUAUAAUUCAUAAUAAACGAUUAUAUAUUUUAUGAAGAUCUAGAAGGGAGGAGCUUGAGGUCUCCAAACAUAAAGAAAUGAUAAGGAGACAGAAAUGUUCAUUAUCUUAAUUUGAUCAGCUCAUGAUGUAUGCAUAUGUUGAAAUAUUAAACUGUGCCCUAUUUAUAUGUACAAUUAUUGCAUAUCAAUAAAAAUUAAAAAUAAAUUUCCAUGCUUGGCCCCAACCCUGGAGAUUCUGAUGAAAUAAAAUGUGUGCAGACAUCUGGAUUUAAAAAGGCUCUACAGAUACCAUUCACAUGUCCAUCAAUAAGAGUUUAGAAUACACAACAUGUAGUUUAUCCAUACAAUUGAAAGCUAACAACUUAGCAAUUAAAAGUAAAAAGCUGUCAAUUCAUGAAACAGCAUGAAUGAAGCUUCCAGACAUCAAGUGAAAAAAAGUGGUCAUCAAAGAACACACAGUGUCAAAUUUUUAUGAAGUUCAAAAGAACACAAAAGUGUUACAUAGUGUUAGAAAUCAAAAUUAUAGCUUCUACUGAGUGGGAGUAGGAAAAUUGACAGAGGGGCACAGGGACAUUUUUUGGGGGUAACGAAAAUACUUAUCCUUUUUAGGUGAUAGUCCAUGUAGAUGCACAUGAUUUCAAAACUUAACAAAAUGAAUCCUUUUUCUUAUUAAAUACCUUUUCCCUCAGUGCUGAGGAGCAAACCCAGGGCCUCACUAGAGUACACUAGGCAAGGAAGUACUCUACCACUGAGCUACAUCCAGCCCAAGAAACUGAAUCCUUAUGUGACAUGCAUGUUAAUGUGUAUGAUCUAUACCUUAUUUAUUUAUUGGGAGAGUGUCUCACUAUGUUGCUCAGGCUGGUCUUGAACUCCUAAGGUCAAAUGCUUCGAGAAGCCAGGAGCACAGGUGUGAGCCACCAUGCCCCGAUGCUGAUUUAUACUUCAUUUAAAUAAAACAGCUUAACUUCCCCAGAUUAGAGUCCUGCUUCUGUACCCCAAGCUUGGUGGUCUCCACAUGAUGGAGGGGCCUAACCCAGCUCAGCCCAGCCACAGUCUCAAGAAUGGAAGAUUUCUGCUUACUCUGCCCUGUCUCACAGUCUCCCAUUUUCAUUUGUCUUCCAGAAUUCCUCCCAGCCUUUUUCUGUCUUUUGGGUACUAAAACCCCAGGGAACUCAACACACCACAACCAGCUCAAUAGUGAAUUUGUAAGUCUCUAGAACAGCGUCCCUUUCUUCUCUGGGUGUCAGCAGCCAUACCCACAUUCCUUCAAGGAGCAUCCUCUCUUCUAGGUUGCUUUAGAGGCACCUCAUGUUUGAGAUCUUACUAUGUGCCACACCAUGCUGACUCUUUCACCAAGGUCUUUUAAUCCCCUGAAUAACUCUGAGAAGUAGGUAUUUUCCCUGGCCCCUCCUUUUUCCAGAUUAGUAAUCAUUCGGGGAUGAUAAAUAAUGGCCCUGAGGUUAUUUCUUAGUUUGGGUGAACUGACACAACAAAAUAUUAUAAACGGGGUAGUUAAUAAACCACAGAAGCUUACUUCUCACUAUUCUGGAGUCUGAAUGUCCAAGAUCCAGGGGAGGUAGCUUUAAUUUUGGCGAGGCUGUGUUCUGGUGCAUAAACCCCAACUUCCGGCUGGGGCCAGAGGAGAGGGGAGGAGCUAGAUAUCUCCCCGAUGACUCUUUUGUAAGGGCACCAAUCCCCUUCAGGUCUCAAGACCUCAUCAUUCCGAAAAGACCCCUACUCCUAAUACACUGCCUCGGGGGCUAGGUACUGAGGGGGUUAGGAUUUUAACAGAUAAACAAGGGGUAGAAACCUUCAGAUGAUAACAUGAUAUUAGGCUAGUAAGUGGAGCAGGCAGGGUUAGAACAAUGAUUGCAAAACCUCUCAAAAUUCAAGACCUUUUCUUUCUAGGGCCUGGAGAGAAAAAGGUGAAGGCAACAGUGGAGAUGGAGGUGACUGCAAACAGGCAAACGUCCCUCACUGGGCGAUGCAUCUCCUGUCCAGUCGCCAGGAUCAAGCCAGCCGGCCCCCACACCUAGGGAGUCCUGGGUGCUCUCGCCGAACCCUUCUAGUAGCUUGGAAGUGGUAACCUCGGGGCGACUUUUGUUUGGUACAACUUAGCAGACAAGAAGGAAGCAAGUGGGUAAUGUAGGUGUCUUUGCUUUUUAGGCUCUGGCUUUCUGAGAUCAGAAGAGUGGGUUCCCUUACGGGGGUGGUGAGGCGCAAGGAGAAGCAUCAGAGCAGACUCUCUGCGGGUGUGUGCGUGUUGGCGCGCCUGUGCGUGGAGGGGAGAUCGUCGUACCCAGCUCGAGGCACUGGGGAGGAGGAAGCGGCCGCCGAGAUCUGAAUAAUUGAUUCUUCAGCCGCACCAGACGCCCGGGAGCUGGCAGAGAGCGCGGUUCCAGCACCACGGAUAGCGGCGCGCGCCUCCGCAGCGCAACGCUCAGACACGCAUCUCGGCCUGGUUCGUCGCCGGGCACUCCGGGAAGGGGUGGCCGCGCUCCGCCCCGCCGCCCGGGGACUGCGGGGUCUGCCUCAACCCGCCUCCGGGGAGGGUGGCUGCGGGCGGAAGACGCUCUCGCCCGCCGGAGCUCCAAGCGUCUUCGGCUUGCGUGGGGGCCGCUGCGUCUCGCUGGCUAAGGACAAGUCCCUAAGUUGGCUUGGUGGCUCCUCGUCUUCCUCUUUCUCUUCUUCGGAGGCUACCGCGGCAGAAGCACGCCCCAGGAACCUCUGCCGGUGCAGUGAGCCCGGGCCGCCAGCGCUCUCUGGACGCCUGCGGGGAAGUGGGGAACUGAACGCCCAGUGCGGAGCCGGCCCCACGGCCCAGGGCCCCGAGGGAGCUGCCGUUCCCACUCGCGCCUCUCUCGGCCGGGGACAGCGGGGAUCCCUGGCCCCACGCGCGCGCGCGCUCCCACACUCACACUCGCACGCACACUCGCCCUCACGCACACAGCCCGAAGCGGGGCUGCGGAGAAGGUGCGCGGGCGCGCUCAGGGGACGGGGCAGCUGCCGUCCGGAGUGGGGCAGGAGCCUGAGACUCUGAGAGCUUGGCCGAGAGUUACGGCCGCGGCCAUCGGCCCUGGAGAUGACCGGGAGCGGCCACCGCUGAGAACUAUGUGGAGGGAGGCCGCGAGCCCUGCUGCAGAGCCUCCGGCUGGGAUAGCCGCCCCCCGUGGGGGCGAUGCGGACAGCGCGGGACAGCCAGGGGAGCGCGAGGGGGCCGCAGCAUGCGGGAACCCGCUAAGCCCGGAGGCUGCUGAGGCGGCCGAGAUGCUCGUGCGCGCAGCGCGCCCCACUGCAUCCUCGACCUUCUCCGGCUACAGGGACCGUAAGUGGCGACUAUGGGAAGACUGGGCUAUUGGACUUGGCUGGUGCUGCCGGCCCUACUGGUCUGGCGCGGCCCGGCGCGGUGCGCGGCGGCGGAGAAGGGUCCCCCCGCGCUGAACAUUGCGGUGCUACUGGGUCACAGCCACGACGUGACGGAGCGCGAGCUUCGAAACUUGUGGGGCCCGGAGCAGUCGGCGGGGCUGCCCCUGGACGUGAACGUGGUAGCGCUGCUCAUGAACCGCACCGACCCCAAGAGCCUCAUCACGCACGUGUGUGACCUCAUGUCUGGGGCACGCAUCCACGGCUUGGUGUUUGGGGACGACACUGACCAGGAGGCUGUGGCCCAGAUGCUGGAUUUUAUCUCUUCGCAGACUUUCAUCCCCAUCUUGGGCAUCCACGGGGGCUCAUCCAUGAUCAUGGCUGAUAAGGAUCCAACGUCUACCUUCUUCCAGUUUGGAGCAUCCAUCCAGCAGCAAGCCACAGUCAUGCUGAAGAUUAUGCAGGAUUAUGACUGGCAUGUCUUCUCCCUGGUCACCACCAUCUUUCCUGGGUACAGGGACUUCAUCAGCUUCAUCAAGACGACAGUGGACAAUAGCUUUGUGGGCUGGGACAUGCAGAACGUCAUCACACUGGACACCUCCUUUGAGGAUGCAAAGACCCAAGUCCAGCUAAAGAAGAUUCACUCUUCUGUCAUCUUGCUCUAUUGCUCCAAAGAUGAGGCUGUCCUCAUUCUGAGUGAGGCUCGCUCCCUUGGUCUCACCGGGUAUGAUUUCUUCUGGAUCGUCCCCAGCUUGGUCUCUGGGAACACGGAGCUCAUCCCCAAAGAGUUUCCAUCAGGACUCAUUUCAGUCUCCUAUGAUGACUGGGACUACAGCUUGGAGGCUAGAGUGCGGGAUGGCCUGGGCAUCCUAACCACUGCUGCAUCCUCCAUGUUGGAGAAGUACUCCUUCAUCCCGGAGGCCAAGGCCAGCUGCUAUGGGCAGACAGAGAAGCCAGACGUCCCUCUUCACACUUUGCACCAAUUUAUGGUCAAUGUGACGUGGAAUGGCAAAGACUUGUCCUUUACUGAGGAAGGCUAUCAGGUGCACCCUAGGCUGGUGGUGAUCGUGCUGAACAAAGAUCGAGAGUGGGAAAAGGUGGGCAAGUGGGAGAACCAGACCCUGAGCCUGAGGCACGCUGUGUGGCCAAGGUACAAGUCCUUCUCGGACUGUGAGCCAGACGACAACCAUCUCAGCAUUGUCACCUUGGAGGAAGCCCCUUUUGUCAUCGUGGAGGACAUAGACCCAUUGACGGAGACAUGUGUGAGGAACACCGUGCCGUGUCGGAAGUUUGUCAAGAUCAACAAUUCAACCAACGAGGGGAUGAAUGUUAAAAAGUGCUGCAAAGGUUUCUGCAUUGACAUAUUGAAGAAGCUCUCAAGAACAGUGAAGUUCACCUACGACCUCUACCUGGUGACCAACGGGAAGCAUGGCAAAAAGGUUAACAACGUGUGGAAUGGAAUGAUUGGUGAAGUGGUCUAUCAGCGGGCAGUGAUGGCUGUGGGCUCGCUCACCAUCAACGAGGAGCGCUCUGAAGUGGUAGACUUCUCUGUGCCCUUCGUGGAGACAGGAAUCAGCGUCAUGGUUUCCAGAAGCAACGGCACCGUUUCACCUUCUGCUUUUCUAGAACCCUUCAGCGCCUCCGUCUGGGUGAUGAUGUUUGUAAUGCUGCUCAUUGUCUCUGCCAUAGCUGUUUUUGUCUUUGAAUACUUCAGUCCUGUUGGAUACAACAGAAACUUGGCCAAAGGGAAAGCACCGCACGGGCCUUCUUUCACAAUCGGGAAAGCUAUAUGGCUCCUCUGGGGCCUGGUGUUCAACAACUCCGUGCCUGUCCAGAACCCUAAAGGUACAACCAGCAAGAUCAUGGUGUCUGUGUGGGCCUUCUUUGCCGUCAUUUUCCUGGCCAGCUACACGGCCAAUCUGGCUGCUUUCAUGAUCCAGGAGGAGUUUGUGGACCAAGUGACUGGCCUCAGUGACAAAAAGUUUCAGAGACCUCAUGACUAUUCCCCGCCUUUUCGCUUUGGGACGGUACCUAACGGAAGCACAGAGAGGAACAUUCGGAAUAACUACCCCUACAUGCAUCAAUACAUGACCAAAUUUAAUCAGAAGGGAGUGGAGGACGCAUUGGUCAGCUUGAAAUCAGGGAAGUUGGAUGCCUUCAUCUAUGAUGCAGCAGUCUUGAACUACAAGGCUGGGAGGGAUGAAGGCUGCAAGCUGGUGACCAUUGGGAGUGGGUACAUCUUUGCCACCACUGGCUAUGGAAUCGCCCUCCAGAAGGGAUCACCCUGGAAGAGGCAGAUUGACCUGGCUCUGCUCCAGUUUGUGGGUGAUGGUGAGAUGGAGGAGCUGGAGACACUGUGGCUCACGGGCAUCUGUCACAAUGAGAAGAACGAAGUGAUGAGCAGCCAGCUGGACAUCGACAACAUGGCGGGUGUGUUCUACAUGCUGGCAGCAGCCAUGGCCCUCAGCCUCAUCACCUUCAUCUGGGAGCACCUCUUCUACUGGAAGCUGCGCUUCUGCUUCACGGGCAUGUGCUCUGACCGGCCUGGGCUGCUCUUCUCCAUCAGCAGGGGCAUCUACAGCUGCAUCCAUGGAGUGCACAUUGAAGAAAAGAAGAAGUCUCCAGACUUUAAUCUAACUGGGUCCCAGAGCAACAUGUUAAAGCUCCUCCGGUCAGCCAAAAACAUUUCCAACAUGUCCAACAUGAACUCCUCAAGAAUGGACUCACCCAAAAGAACUGCUGACUUCAUCCAAAGAGGCUCCCUCAUCAUGGAUAUGGUUUCAGACAAGGGGAAUUUGAUAUUUUCAGACAACAGGUCCUUCCAGGGGAAGGACAGCAUUUUUGGAGACAACAUGAAUGAACUACAAACGUUUGUGGCCAACAGGCACAAGGAUAACCUCAACAACUAUGUGUUCCAGGGACAGCAUCCACUUACUCUUAAUGAGUCCAACCCAAACACAGUGGAGGUGGCUGUGAGCACAGAAUCCAAAGGGAACUCUAGACCCCGGCAGCUCUGGAAGAAAUCCAUGGAGUCUCUACGCCAAGAUUCUCUGAGCCAGAAUCCAGCCUCCCAGAGGGAUGAGGGGACAGUGGAGAACAGGAGCCACUCCCUAAAGAGCCCCAGGUACCUUCCGGAAGAGGUGGCCCAUUCUGACAUUUCAGAAACUUCAAGUCGGGCCACAUGCCACAGGGAACCCAACAACAAUAAGAACCAUAAAACUAAGGACAACUUCAAAAGGUCAAUGGCCUCCAAGUACCCCAAGGACUGCAGCGAGGUUGAACGCACCUACCUGAAAACCAAAGCCAGCUCUCCCAGGGACAAAAUCUACACCAUUGAUGGUGAGAAGGAGCCCAGUUUCCACUUAGAUCCUCCCCAGUUUGUUGAAAAUAUAUCCCUCCCGGAGAACGUGGGCUUCCCAGAUGCCUACCAGGAUCAUGGUGAGAACUUUAGAAAGGGAGACUCCACACUGCCUGUGAACAGGAACCCCCUGCAUAAUGAAGACGGGCUUCCCAACAAUGACCAGUACAAGCUCUAUGCCAAGCACUUCACCUUGAAAGACAAGGGUUCCCCCCACAGCGAAGGCAGUGACCGUUACCGGCAGAACUCCACACACUGCCGAAGCUGCCUUUCCAACCUGCCCACAUACUCCGGCCACUUCACCAUGAGGUCUCCCUUCAAGUGUGAUGCCUGCCUGCGUAUGGGGAACCUCUAUGACAUUGAUGAAGACCAGAUGCUCCAGGAGACAGGGAACCCGGCCAGCCAGGAGGGGGUCUACCAGGAAGACUGGGCACAGAACAAUGCACUCCAGGGGCAGAAGAACAAGCUGAGGAUUAAUCGUCAGCAUUCCUAUGAUAACAUCCUCGACAAACCCAGGGAGAUGGACCUCAGCAAGCCUUCCCGGAGCAUAAGCCUCAAGGACAGGGAGAGGCUCCUGGAGGGCAACUUAUAUGGGAGCCUGUUUAGCGUCCCUGCAAGCAAACUCUCAGGGAACAAAAGCUCCCUUUUCCCCCAAGGUCUGGAGGACAGCAAGAGGAGCAAGUCUCUCUUGCCAGACCAUACCUCUGAUAACCCUUUCCUUCACUCCUACAGGGAUGAUCAACGCUUAGUUAUUGGGAGAUGCCCCUCAGACCCUUAUAAACACUCCUUACCAUCACAGGCAGCAAAUGACAACUACCUUCGAUCGUCCUUGAGGUCAACAGCAUCAUACUGUUCUAGGGACAGUCGGGGCCACAGUGAUGUGUAUAUUUCGGAGCAUGUUAUGCCUUAUGCUGCAAAUAAGAAUAAUAUGUACUCUACCCCCAGGGUUUUAAAUUCUUGCAGCAAUAGACGUGUGUACAAGAAAAUGCCUAGUAUUGAAUCUGAUGUUUAAAAUCUUCCAUUAAUGUUUUAUCUAUAGGGAAACAUGUGAUUGACAAUGUUCUGGAGGGUAAAUGUUGGAUGUCCGAUAGUGCCCUGCUAAGAGGAAGAAGAUUUAGGGAGAUUUUUUUUUUUUUUUGGCUCUUAUGCACAUGGCUCCAUGCCAUAAUCUUCCACUCAAGGAGUCUUAUGAGAUUUGUGCUAAGUAUGACAGAUACCAGAUAGGUGGGUCCUUAACCUAAAACAAAUACAUAAAUAAGGGCAAGUCUCUGGGACAUGCCUACUAGGCAUGCUGGCAAUAAUGAUGCACUGGAUGCUGAUGGUGAUGUUAUGAUUUCCUAUAUUCCAAAUUCCAUUAAGAUCAGUCCACCAUGUAAUUUCUUCAUCCGAAAUGCCUAAUGGUUUCUCUAAUACAGAGUAAGCAAUAUGGUAUGCAUGUAAAUCUGACACAGACAAUAAAACAGUUAAGAAUGCAUCUGCACCAUAGUGCGAUUGACAUGUGCAAGAGAUUAGGAAGUUUGGCUUGUAACAGUUCUCAGCUUUAUUGUCAUGCCUUCCCUUCACAGCCCAGGCCCCACCCCAAGAAAUCCAGGCUCCCCCAAAGAAUAGCAAAUCAAUGUGUCCGUGGUAUCUGUGUUACCUUCGUUAGAUAGUCCAUUCCCAAAACAUAUCUGGAACAAAAAGCCAGAGACACUCUCAGGCAGAGAGCUACAAGAAUCUCUUUGGAUGUUGAUGUGUGUGUUUCUCUCACUUUUGACUUUGAUGGUCUUGUUCAGAGCUGCAUAAACUAACACGUCUUCGAUGUCUAAGUGUGGAUCUUCUGUCUAUGACACAGUGGCCAUUGUAGUUUAUCCUGAAGACUCCUCUGUAUGUAAGUUUGCAUUUUCUCCCUUCUGGUGAUGACUCAGGGUUGUAUAGUAUCUGUUACCUCGUCCUUCCCAGAGUAUCUAUAACCUGUUCAGUCCCCAAACAGCCAUGAUGGCAUCUAAUUAGCUGUGUGUUGCUGUUCCCAGAGUUGUUAAUGUGGUAACACGUGCCAACAGCCAUAUGUGUACCGUGAACUGUAAGAAAUGCCAUACCAUCUGUCUGCCUAAGGCUAACAUGGUCCUUUAGGUUUGUCUUCCUUAAUGUCAUGAAACUCUCUUGAACACUCAUUUCCACCCGACCUGUUCAGGUCAAAGGCCUUCAAACCAUGAUACACUCAGGCACCUACCCUGAGCACCUCCAAACUGUGGAGAAACUAAGUGAGAAAAGUGGUUUCUCUCUUCUGAAAUAUUCUUUCUAUUGGAAGAAAACUACUUCACCAGCACCAACAGAUACAUAAAAAAAUUCUCAAUGCAUUUAUCAUUUCUGAGCCACUUGCACCAUUCCAUUCUUAUGCUACUUCAUAUAUGAUAUGAAAGAUAGUCAUUAUUUAAAACAGUUAGAGCAAGAAGGGGGAGACUGAAGAAUGGUAAGCUUCUUCGCGUAGCAUCUCCCUGAAACAAAAGUGUUGACAAAAAGGUAGUUGUUAUGUUAUGAAAGUUUUCAAAUGGGAUUUUCUAGUUAAAAAAUGAAAUACCAUAAAACCAGCAAACAAUACUAAGUAAGCAUUUUAUAUGGUUCUACUACAUGAAUUGGUAUAGUUUAAAUACAUUAAUAUUCUUGAAAUAAUUAGGCUAACUAACCAUCAGGUUUUGCAGAGGACCUCAGUCUGUUUGGGGGCAUACAGCAGAACCCUUAAGCUCAAGUGAGUGAGCCUGGCCAUUUCCCAGUUUGUUUCUUGCAUUUUGUUUUGAGUUUUUGAAGAAGGAGACAAAAUGGCAGGCUGAAAAUUUACCUUGUAUCUUUUCCUGGCGUGUAUUCUCUUUUGUAAGUAGUAUUUUCCUGGAAGUGGGUAGGUGCCAGAGUUGAUUCUCUUAGAACACUGAAUGGCUCUAUCUUUGAAAAAGUGCACCUGACCUACAAUGUUUCUAUAAUGAUGAAAAGUGUCUGCAAUAAGUUUGAGGGUCUGUGGUGGAAUAGCAAAGGGAAGCAGUGGGAGAGAGCAUCUUUCAAUCAUCCCUGAAAAGCGGAAGGGGCUGAAGUGAUCCUGAGGACCAGUGUGCUUAAAAAUGACACUAUUUCUCGUAUGCUGUCCCUUUGCUGCUCCAAUACCCAGCAACAGAGAAGGCUGGACUGAUGGACCUUGAACAGUCACCCCUAUUUCUGAUCUUAAAUUUAAGUUUCUGUGACUGUAUCUUCUUUUUAGCACUUUCUGCCUUUGCUUUCCCAUUACAUUCAGACCCGUGUCUGCCCUGCUAAGAUCACCUCCAUGUCCUCGCAAGACUAGCGUGUCUUAACAUGAAAUAAAUUAAAAAUCUCCCUGGCAUACAGAGCAAUGAUAUGGGAUCAAUCCAAAGAAGAUUUCUGCCUUCUUCUAGUGUUCUCAAAGACAAGAGGGCUGCCAGAUGCCACAAAAUCUCUAGGGAGAGUGCAAUUACCCUUGGAUUGACUUGAUAUGUCAAAAAGCCUGCUAAUAACAGCAUUAGUUCCACUAUUAAUGCCAUAAGUAUCUUGAUAAAGAAUUUAAAAUGUGUUUUUUGGAAGAAUUAAAAACAAUGUAGUUGAAAAAAAUGCACCUCUUUUAGCAUCCUCCACUAAGGCACUGGUUCAUAAAUGUGAUGAUUUCCAAAAAGAAAACCAGAGGGUCAGUUUUCACAGAACAAAUAAUGUUAUGGAGCCAUUCAAAGGUAACCCAGAUCAGUUAAUUUUUGGAAAAAGAAUAUCCAAAAUAUAAAAUUCACUGGUAAAUGGUAAAGAAGUAAAGAAGGGUAAAGAAAUAACUAUAAAGCUCUGAACUAUGGGCCCAUUACCAAGGAUUCCUGUGAUACACUCUAGCUCUGAGAUCUUAGAUUUGAUGCCAAAAGGCAAGGAUCUCUGAAGUCAAAUGCCUGAGUUUUACUUGGCUUAAGUCAGAGUUGCAUCUAUAAUGAUGUUUCACUAAUAAAUGGUUUCCCCACUUGGGAAGGAUCCACUGGUCCUCAAAUAGGCAUACCUGGAUGCAGCAGUCAGAUUUCUGUCCAUGGGUAAUAGCACAUACAUAUGACCUAUUAAAAUAUUCUUUAAGGCAGGCUUCCAGCGCAUGAACUCUACUCUGGGGAAUCAUAGUGUUCUGAAAUAUAGUUGCAUCAUCUUUACACCUCCUGGUUCUUAGGCCGCAUCUAGACCCACUGCUCCAAGUGGUCAAGUCCCCAGUGGAUCUAUCUUCCUACCAAUGAGAUCUCCCUGAGAACUGAGGGGCUAUAACCUCACCAUUCACGACUGCUCUGUCCUCUGCAAAUCUCCUUCCAUUAUUUCAGGUAAUCCCAUGACUGUCUUGUGGAUUAUACUUGGGUUUCUCUUCCCUGUUUCACAAAAUGCCUAAGAGAACUUAAUAGUUAGCUUUCCUGAUGAAAGCAUUAAAAUUCACCCAUUGCAGCAAAAUCUGUCAAAUAAAUUCACACUUAUUUUCUGGAGAAAAAAAGAAAACUACACCUUGUUUACAAAUGAAAUAGUUUCAUUUAAAUGGGAUUUUAGCCAAGGCAGUUAAUUAGUCAAAAGAUCCAUGUUAGUCACACAGUCAUGCAUUGUUUAUUCUAUUUGAUAUGCCUACCAUUGAUGUGUAUUUAAUAUUCUGCAUCCUUCUCAGGAAAUGACAAAUGCCCUGAAUUCUUUGCAAAUAGAAUUGCUAAUGAGAAAGAAAAAGAAAGUUGGUGUUAAUUAAAUGGUGAUUAAAAAUUUAUCUCCUUUAAACCUAAAAAGUGCAGCUUUAAUAAUCGGUUGUCAUAUAAACAAAUACCUUGCACUGAAAUCCCUUGCUGUUUAAGACCUAGAUAAAUACUAAUUUGAGAAACCUAAAUAUCUUUCAGAGGAGCUGAAUACACUCGUUAGCAUUAUGCACAUUCCUGUACUGUUUCUUUGUACAUAGCUGUUGUGCAUGAACCCUUGGGAAGGGGACAUGAGUUGCUUCCCAAAGGGAGCUUGUUCUUGUUCGCAUUAACCAUCACUGUAGUAGACAUAAUUGGACUUCAAGGAAAAGAAUUUCAGUAGGUGGAACCCAAAUGCACUGGUUGAUAUUUAAUACAAGAUAACAGUUCUAUGUAAAUGUGAUUUUCCUUCCAAAAGCAGUGUUUAUUUUCACUUGAGUCAAAAUUAGGCUUCUCUGAUACUCCAUCUUUGUUGGAUAAACAGGGUUGAAAGUGCUUAUUGAGAGAUUAUGUGGGGUCUACACUUGAAAAGUUCUCCCAAUAUGCAGCUUCCCUUUCUCAUCCCAUUCCUUUAUAUUGUACUGUGUUCAUAACUAAUUGUUUCAGAUGAGGUCAGCUUGCCACCUGAUACAGAUCAAAGAUGAUCAAACGCACUCGUCCUGUGAAUACAGAUGCUUGUGUAUACAUGUAUAUAAUAUAUGUGCUUGAUUUCUGCAGUUCACACAGAUGUGUAUUAUCCAGAUAAAGCUGUACAUAUUGUAAAGUUUAUGUUUAAAAAUUAAGUGGUAAUGAUUGUACUGACACAUGGAAAACCCAUUCUAGUUUUUUGAUGGUUUCUGUAGAGAGGACACUAUAUUUUUUUAAUCUCAGUUCUCCGGAGGAUAACAGAGCCCAAGUAGUAUUUGGGUGUUGGUUUUCUUGGCCCCUUAAAAAAUAAGAAUCUGGGUGAAGGGCGUGGAAUAUAUGCUGCUCACAUUCACUUCUGAAGACAAUGCUAAUAAGGACUAUCCAUCAAAACACACAGAUUUCCUAUUUAAACUCCUUAUCCUCUUUCCCACUCUCCUAUAUGUUGUCUGUGUCCAGAAGUGCUCUCGGGGUGGUAUCAGCUGCAGGUGCCUGCCCAGGAGCAUCUCAGAAAAACCGAAUUUGUAGAACUACACCAAGAUCUGGGGGAAAUGGAAGGGAGAUGAGAAAAUGAAAUCUGCAAAGGGGCAGUAAUUUGUAUAAGGGCAUCAAGUCAGAGAGCAUCAGAGAUGGGGCUGGAACCCAAGACUUUUUGGUCCAAUUUCUUACCAUGUCUCAGUUUCUUUCAGGAGAGCGUUUCUGAGUGCCUGCAGAAGAGUCAGAGAGACCCACUAAGCUGGCUUUCUUUGCCUCUUUGCCCUGUGCAGACCCAUGCAUGCCUUUAUGAAUUUGAAUCAAGGUCCUUCAUAAUCUCUCGUUGUCUCAGAGUCUCAGAGAAGAAAAAACUUUUUUCAUUGACCUUUCUCCCAAGAAGGAACAAUGAAAAAUGUGGAUUAAAAUUUCAAACCAAAGACAAAAGCUGGCAACAAUCACUGAAAUCAUAGUUGUAUUUCCUGGGCACCAAGGUUCAACCAAGCAUCUUGAUCAUGUAAUUGCACUUACCUGAGUGCCCAUUCAUUUUGAAAUCCAGUUUAGGAUUAGGGAGUUGUAAAGCGAACAGAAAAUCUAGUCACUUCUUGUAAUGGUUUAGAAGUUUAAUUCCCUAAUACAAAAGAUAAUUAAAGACCAUAAAAGGCAAAUGGACUAAACAGUAAAAAUUAGAAAUGACCAAUGAAAUUGUUUCCAGGAAAUAAAUAUUAAUCUGAUUCCAUGAUCAAACUUAGAAAAAAACAGGGCUCUCCUCAGACUGUUUUGUAACUCUGAAGAAUAUGACUGGUGCUCCUACAGAUGGCCUGGAUGGAUGUGAACCUUUAGAAAAGGUGCUUGGGGAAUGCAGAAGCCACUACACAGGUGAACAAACUCACCCUUCUGAAUUUUUGCACAGGCUGGCUUGGGUCUGCUUCCAACCAGUUCUCCAAACUUUAGCAAAUCCUGCUUCUUUUUGGCUCUGCUUUAUGACAUGCGCUUCAAAAAAGGUAAAAAAAAAAUUCCUCAAAGGAUUAGAAAAUAGACCGUGAUGUUAAAAAACAAAAUAUUUCCUGAAAUCUUUUUCCUUUGUUUUGUUUUUGGCUUGUGAGGAGCGCUUUCAAUAGUCCAGGGUUUGGGUAGAAGGGGAGGGGGAAAUAGGGAGAACCUUUUAUCGAGUCCCAAGUGCCUACUGUUGUGGCUGGUACAAGCAAGCAUCAAGUUCCCUAGAGAGAAAAUGGGGCAAGGAGAUGACUAAAGGAGCCUAGGUGUAUUUGAGAAGAGAUGGCAGAGUAGAGAGGGUGGAGAGGGAGCUUUUCUUUACUCUGUCCAUCCCAUUCUGGGUAGUGCUGGAAUAUUAGAUUCUGUGCUCAUCACAAGGACAUUGCAUAUAUCGGCACCUGAGUCUGAAAAUAUAAAAAAUACAUCUACAUUGAGUAUAAAGCAGCCUAGAACACAAUCCUCAAAAUAACAAGAUAUAAAUAUGAUUGCUCCCAUUUUACAGAUAGGGAAACUGAGGUUUAAGUACUCAGCCUCAUCAGAAACAGGAGUUAGCCAAUAAAUUUCUAACCUUAGACAUAUUAGACAUAACCUUAGACAUAUUCUUGAAGUGCCUGAUCUCCUCCAGGGAGUUCAGAAUAGAAAUGCGCCCGUGCGUGCAUGCGAGAGUGAGAGAGAGAGAGCAAGAGAGAGAGAGAGGGAGAGAGAGGGAGAGAGAGGGAGAGAGAGGGAGGUUUGAGUUUUGAGGUUACCGGGCUUUCUCUCGAGUGCCAGUGUCUGUGAUGAGGAGCUUCGGCAUUGUCCUAUCGUCCUACCCUUGCCAUCUGGUGGGGGUAUGUCAAGUACUGAGAGGGACCUCACCUCUCUUCAGAGUCCCCUCAGAGACAUGUACGCUGCUGGUGUCUCUCUUCCUUCAUGUGCUUGUACUCAGCAUUUUUUUCUUUUUUUUGCUUCCUGGGGAAUUACUUUCUCUACUUAGCAUGUGCCUAAUCUUAAAUAUCCCUUUCCUAAUCUCUCUUCUUUUUAUCAGUUUAAAUCAGGGCUAAUUCCAUUAAGCAUGUGUACAUAGUGUGCUCUCCUCUGUGUGUAGGGACACACACACACACACACACACACACACACACACACACACACUGCCUUGUGGCCCUCCAUUAAAGCACUCCUAAACAUUGUGACCCAUUUUUAAAGAGGUGAUGUCAUUUGUAAGUCAACUGUUCCUCUUAUUCCGUCUGUACGUUUGCUUAUUUCUGCCAGGCAGACAGAAUGAGGUUCAGAGGUGGGAGAGCGAGUAGAGAAAAGAGUUUUGCCCAAAAGAUUGAGAGCAUUAAGGUAAUCGCAAUGACUGAGGGCCGAUUAUUGAAAUGCUGUUGCUGUUUACUUUCUUGGUCCGUCCUAUUUUUUGAAUUGCUUUACAGAUGUUUUCCUGGCUGCAGCCUCAGGAUAACUGUUCAACCACCGAACGCUUAUUCAUGUUGUUCCAUGACAAGUGUUGAAGUAGAACAUUUCUAUCGGGCUUCCUGGUACCCAGAAUGGCACGGUGUUAAAUGCAUGCUGUAGGCAACGCCCCUAGGCCCAUACAUGCCUUUCUUUGCAUCCUUUUCUUCCUGUGUUCUAAGCCUCUCUUCUUUUUUUGGUACCGGGGAUCGAACUCGGAUCCUUCCGCUUGCAAGGCAGGCGGCGGAACCACUGAGCUAAAUCCCCGGCCCCCAAGCCUGUCUUCUUUUUCUGGCAUUUAUAUUUGCUAUGAGGUGGGUCGCAUUAGCCUAUUUUAUAGGUGAGAAAACAGAGCUAGGCCUGGAAGGGAUGGUCUCUGAGGGUCUCCAUGGCUUACUCUUUCUGGAGGACCGCUAAUCCUAAUGCAAGUACCCAUGUCCUAGUCCCUGAGAAAUUCUUUCACCUUUCAAGCUGGCAGUAAAAAAACCUAUUAAGACAGGAAGAACAUUAUUAUUUAAUAGCUAUUUUGAGAUCCUGUUGUUGUUUCUGCAAGUGUGUAGCAAUAUUGUCCCAGGGAUGUUGAACUACGGAGAAAGUAGAGCACCCCAAAGAAUAAUUUGGCCAAUCUUGCUUCUUCUUUGGAGGCCUAUUUCAGAGUAUGCAAUCCUCCAGGGAGCCAGAACCAAAUUGCUUAAAAUGGAGUCAUUCUUCAGAUUAACUUCCUCAAGUAAGGUGUCAGCAGUCAGCAACAACAAACAAAACAAAGCAGAUUACCACUGGUAAAUCCCUCUUAUGUACCAUGUCAAGGGACAAUGAGUUUGCAUUUUUGCAAUGGCAGAACAUUCCUCAUUAGCAGCAGGCCUGGGUCAUGACCUCUUCCAGUUAAUUCUCCUUUACACCUUUGGGAAGGAUUGAAGAUGAGCCUUCAAGAGGGUAUUAGCAUAAUGCAUAGCCCAUACUAUGGCUGCCUUUUAAAUUAAUAAGGUUAAUUGUUCUCCAGCACACAAAUUUGUCUUUGACAUUUUAAAUGUUCCACAUUGAUCUGACAUUUCACUGUUUCAAGCUCUUAAAGGGCUUAAAUCAAAGACUAUUGAUAAUUGAGCAAACAGUGAAGGCCCACAAAUAUAAAAACACUGUCAGUUUUUCCAUGACAAACAAUCCUAGCCUUUUGAAUCCAAUGGAGGUUUUUACAUUAGGCAUCUAAGACUUAUUGAAUUAUUUCUAUUCUCAGUUAAGCUAAUUCAAGUGAAUGAACAGUAUUGACUUUUUAAACCUAUUUCACUUUUUUUAAUCUUAAGUUUAUUAGAUUUGUAGACACAGCUUUGAGCCAUGAUCAGUAAGGAAAUGUUCUGGUUUAGAAAGAGAAGAUUUUACGACAAAUUCAAGGGGUCAUCUUUGAAAAUUUUGAUGGAUUUGAGAAGAUGAAAGUGUAACCUUCAUGUCCCCAGAUUUUCCAUUAGGAAGGAUGCCAGUUGCCUAGUUUUUCACAUAAAAUAGUAGGUCAAGAAUAACAUUUUCAUAGAAAAUGCAAUCAUUGCUCGAUACAAGUAACUACAUAGCUAGAUGUGGCUCAUACAUUUUCCAAGCCUGAGGGUCCUUAAAGAUUUUUUUUACCAGCUGUUUUAAAACUACAAAUGCCAAUUUUUUUUCAUUCCCCUGCUAACAUAAAUUUAAAAGCAUAUACUUGCCAAAUUAAUUAGUAGAAUUUAUCAUAGUUUAUAUCACUCUGGAAUGUUUAUGUGUAUGUUUUUAUGUAUAGUAUAUAUUUUAUAUAUAUAUAUUUCAAACUGAGUAUUCAGAAUGAAUUACGUGAGUUAAUUGGUGACUUGAAUAAGAAGUAGAUCAUAAAAUUAUAAAUAAUGGCCUUCUCAGACAGAAAAAGAGGGUAAACUUACUCAUUUUUCACUCAUGCUGUAAGACUCAUUUCAUAAUAUACAAGCUGGUCAUUGUCCACAGAGUUCCUGAAUUAAACAGCUUAUACAUAAAGGAUCUAUGCCUGAGUCCAUUUUUAACCCAAUAGGGAUGGAAUUGAAUUCAUAUGCAGAGGGUUUCCACUCACAGCUACGUUCAAACACUGUCUAAAACACAUCUGAACUGGCUUGAUCUCUUGUAUGGUGGAGCCCAAAGCAAGCUGUGUGCUCCACUCACUGGUCUUCAUUUAGGAAGAAGAUCUUCACUUACCAAUCGCAGCAAUUUAUAUCUGUCAUGUUUUAAUCCACUGCAUGAGGAAGUGCUAAUAACUGUAUUAAAUAUUUCCAAGCAUAGCUACAAAAUUACACGUUUGCUUAACACCUUUCUAUGAUAGAGGAAGUAUAUACUAUGGUUGUCUUCUUGUAGUGUGUCUUUUAAUUUUGUUCAAUGUGUUAUCAACUGUUUUAAGGAAUGGGGUUUGAAAUGUGUGUGCAAAAUGAUAUGUACAUAACUCGUGAGGCAAAAGAAGUGCCCGAUCAUAUGGUGUAAAAAUGUAAAUACAGGAAAAUUUCAUUUUUCUAAUAAAGAUAAUUUCUGCCAAUUGAUAUGAAAA